AUGGCAAACGUCUCUGGCCCCGACCACCAACACAAGGAUGUCACCCCUCCUCCUGCUGUGGCCCCAACCCCCGCCUCGGCUGAGCAACCCACCGCGCAAGCACUUACAGAACCCCCGCAGAAACAAAAUGAUCAGCCAGCACCUACAGCUGCAUCUGCAGCUCACAAUGACAAUGACGAUGACGACGAGGACUCAGACCUAGAUGAUCUCGAUGACGUGCUUGAUGACUUCUCUAAACCAAAGCCUGCUCCCGUGCAGCCUGCGCUGGCUCAAGAUGCCCCACCAGCAGCGGGCGACUUCGACGAAGAUGCCUUCUUGAAACAGCUAGAAGCCGAUAUGGCAAACAUGAUGUCCCCCGGCGCGUUCCCAGGCGGGACAGGGACAGCAUCCGAUCUAAACCUCCAAUCAUCCGUUGAACAAGGCGCAGAUGCAUUCGCUAAACAGCUAGAAGAAAGCGGGAUUCCACCAGGUGACUUCUUGAAACAGCUUCUAGCGGACGUGAUGGCCGAGGAGGGCGGUGAUAGCAGUGGCGCUGCUGCUGCUGCUGCGGCAGCCGCACUAGCAGGUGCGGGUGCAGGAUCAGAACAACUAGCACCUAGCGCUAGCGCUAGCUCCAGUUCCAAAGAUGCGCCCGCACCUAUAUCUGGCUCAGCGAAGCAAACCGAUGACGAACAACCAGAGUCCUUUAAUGAUGCGAUUCAACGCACAAUGGAGCGCAUGAAGCAAUCGGGUGAUCGGGCGACGGAGGCAGCUUCUACAGACGACGGGUUAUCGGAUGAUAUGGUUGCGCAGCUGCUUAAAGCUAUGGAGGCUGGUGCGGCGGGCGCAGGUGAUGAGGGGGAUCUAACGAAGAUGUUCAUGGGGAUGAUGGAACAGCUUUCUAAUAAGGAGAUGCUGUAUGAGCCUAUGAAGGAGUUAGAUGGAAAGUUUGGACCAUGGCUCGAGAAGAAUAAGACCGAGGGAAAGGUUUCGCUUGAAGAUAUGACGAGGUAUGAGGCGCAGGCAAAGGUUGUGAAGCAGAUUGUGGAGAAGUUCGAGGAGAAGACGUAUUCGGACGAUGAUGCUAAGUGUCGGGAGUAUGUGUGGGAGCGUAUGCAGGAGAUGCAAGCUGCUGGUAGUCCGCCGGAGGAACUUAUUUCAAAUCCACUUAUGGAGGAGGCUUUAGGAGGAGGUGCCGCUGCAGCUGCAGGCGCUGGAGGCGUCCCUGAUUGCCCACAGCAAUGA